AUGCACGAAUUCACACGAACCAUCCUGAAUUGCAUUAAAUCAUCUCCAUUAGAGAUCAUUGUAGUCACUGUUCUCGACUGCAUAGACCACGUCGAGGAAUUGGUACACUCUAUCGAUCCCUCGAUCCGGGUGAUUACCGCUGGUCAGCGUAACAAGCGACUCCAGCUCCGCCAGGCAAUUCCAAUGAUACGCUCCCGCAUCACUAUCCUUGCCGACGACGACGUGAUAUGGCCUGACAGCCUCAUGGCACAUGUCCUUGCACCUUUUGAAGAUCCCAAGGUUGGAGCUGUUGGCACCAGUCAGCGCAUCCGGAAGGCCAGACAUCUUUCCUUUGUUGGCAGAAUCUGGGAAUACCUUGGUGCAUGCUAUAUUGAGCGCAGAAACUUUGAGAACACCGCUACUAUGCACAUGGACGGCGGUAUUUCUUGUCUGUCCGGCCGCACCGUCGUCAUUCGAACUCCUAUCAUCCAGAGCGCCGAAUUCCUCCACGGAUACUGCAACGAAACCUGGAACGGAAAUCUAUUGAACGCCGAUGACGACAACUACGUCACCCGGUUCUUAGUUUCUCAUAACUGGAAAAUCUGCUUUCAAUCUUCGGUAGAGAUUGAGACGACUCUCGAAACCAAUUCCAAGUUUCUUUCGCAAUGCCUCCGUUGGUGCCGCAGCAACUGGCGUAGCAACUACAAGAGCAUUGUUCUUGAGCGUCACAUUUGGAAGAAGCAACCUUGGUCAACGUACGCUGUUCAAGUCACCACUGCUUCUUGCUCUCUUGUCCACGAUCCAGCCCUCAUCUAUUCGCUUUAUCGGGCUUCUGAGAACGUGUCUCCCCUGAAUCGGGUUCGACUGAUGACCUCGUUUUUAGUAUGGCUCGUGUCCUGCAAAGCUGUCAAAUUGGUUCCUCAUUUCGCUCGAUACCCAUUCGACCUGGUGUACUUUCCGAUCACCAUCCUCUUCGGAUAUUUCCAUGGAUUGAUCAAGUACUAUGCCUUAUUCACACUCUCUACCUCUUGGGGCAGCAGAAACGAUGUCAAUCAUUCCAGCGUCGCGCUGUCUGAACACGAGACUGACGUUCUCGACAGCGAAAAGACGCCUCUUACUUCAUCCGGCUAAACAGCCUCGACGCCAGGCCUUGGUGCUCCCCUCCCUCGCGUCAUAGGCUUUCUGCGAUAGGAUCCCCAGCU